AUGUCCAUAAUAUAUUUAUGGUCUCAAUAUUAUAGUGAUAGAAUUGUGAAUUUUAUAUUUGGAUUAAGAUUCCAGGGGAAAUAUUUUCCAUAUGUAUUGGUAAUAUUUGAAGCAUUACAGAUGGGCGGUGGAUUACCAUGGGAAUCAAUAAUAGGAUUAUUUACAGGUCAUGCAUACCAUUACUUGACUGAUACUUAUCCUGCAAAUGGUGGACCAAGACUCCUGACUACUCCAGGAUGGCUCUAUUCGAUAUUCCCAUUAUCAUCUACACCAACUUCAACGACUUUUGGUACGGCAUAUCCUGGUAGACUUAGUCAACAACAACAACAAUCUUCUAGAGUUGGCGGAAAUCCUGCUAGUGCAACAACGACAAGAUCAUCAACUAGCAAUUGGGGAAGAGAAACCACACAAGAAUUUACGCUUUUAGAACUUGCAAAAUAUAAUACAAAAGAAUUAUAUUAUCUUUGUAUCAAAGGAAAAGUUUAUAACGUUACAGAAUUUAUUAAGGAGCAUCCAGGAGGAGAAGAAAUUAUACUUGAUGUAGUAGGUAAAGAUGCAACCCAAUUUUUUGAAGAUAUCGGACAUUCUGAUGAUGCUCUACAGCUUUUGAAAACUUUGGAAAUUGGCUUAAAAGAGUCAAAAGUUUUGAAUAAUGAAUUAUCAACAUUAAGGAAUAAAUCUACAAUAUAUCAUCAAUUAACAACCAAUUCAAAUAUAUAUUUUUUGGUAGAAGAUCGGGGAAAAUUAAAAGAUAAAGAAAAAAGUAAAGAAGAUCCAAAUCAAUAA